AUGGUUGGAGGCUCUCGGCUCCGCCCCGGCGGCCAUCUUGGAGGCUCCGGAGGCGGUGCCGCACAGGACAGAGCGGAAGUGCUCGGCUGUCCCUUCCCGGACCGUGCGAAGCGCCGGCGCGGCCGCCUGCCCGCGUCCUCCUUCCCGCGGCCCUCGGAGACCGCGCUCGACCGCAGGGAGCGGCGAGGUGCCGACGGGCGGCGGGAGUCCGGGCGGGCUGGGCCAGGCACGGGGCGGGCGCCGUGCGGGCGCGGCGGCGUGCUAGGCCGGGCGGGGGCUGGGGCCCGGCUCCGGGGGCGCGCAAUCUACCAGUCCUGGCUAGACAAGUCCACGCCUUACACGGCCGUGCGAUGGGUGGUGACGCUGGGCCUGAGCUUCGUGUACAUGAUUCGAGUCUACCUGCUGCAGGGCUGGUACAUCGUGACCUACGCCUUGGGGAUCUACCACCUCAACCUUUUCAUAGCUUUUCUUUCUCCGAAAGUGGAUCCUUCCUUGAUGGAAGACUCAGAUGACGGCCCCUCGUUACCAACCAAACAGAAUGAGGAGUUCCGGCCCUUUAUUCGAAGGCUUCCGGAGUUUAAGUUUUGGCACGCGGCGACCAAGGGCAUCCUCGUGGCCAUGGCCUGUACCUUCUUUGAGGCUUUCAAUGUCCCGGUGUUCUGGCCCAUCCUGGUGAUGUACUUCAUCAUGCUUUUCUGUAUCACCAUGAAGAGGCAGAUUAAGCACAUGAUAAAGUACCGGUACAUCCCGUUCACACACGGCAAGAGGACGUACAAGGGGAAGGAAGACGCGGGCAAGACGUUUGCCAGCUAGGCGCUCAGCUGGACCCAUCGGAGUCUGAGGACGGUUCUGCGCCAUUGUAACAAUGCCUUCUUCCUUCACAUAAAGUAGUUGAUUUCGAGGGAGUCGAAUUUUCUUUUUAAAAAGGAGCUUCAAUUAUUUGUAACUGAAACAUCAGGUUCUUGAAGAAACUGACAUUUAAACCAAAUUGCAUUGAUUUAUUUUUCAGUGACGUUCAAGUGUUCAAAUGGAUGGAAUUCCAGUAAACUGCAGGCUGGGAGGACUGUCGGGUGGGGUGAGGGGUGGGGCGGGUGGUCUCAGUUGUCGUGUGGUCCUGGAACGGACCUGCACGGAAGGAGCCAGGUCUCGCCCCAGCUGCCCCCCGCACCCCUGGACGCCACGGCCACGUCGCCCAGCUGGAUGAUGAUGCUAACCUGACUCCUGCGCUUUGGAAGAACAUUCGAAAGGUGAUUUUCAAGUAACUCUGGGGUUCUAAUGCCAGUUUCCCAAUUUCAUCUCACGAGAGAUGUUUCAAGUUGGUCUCUAUCAUAAUGACUCAAAACUCUGUUCUUAACUACCAUGAUUGCUUUUGAGGGCCUGGAAUUAUAAAUAUAUAUAUUAUAUUUUAAUUGUUUGGAAUUAUUUUGACACAUUUCUUUGAUACCUGAAGAGUUGUUUUUGAUUAAUUUAAAGUUGAUCUCAUGCAGCGGCCCCUUUAUAGAAACAACUGGUAAGAGCAGACCAGUUUGUGGGUUUUAACACAUGGCUUCUCACUUUCUACAGGAAAACAGAACUCUGACCCGCAUGUCAACUUUUUUGAUGUGAUAAAAACAAAUAC